UCCACCCACCCACCCACACAUCCACCCUUCAUCCAUCCAUCCAUCCAUCCAUCCUUCCACCGCCCUCCAUGGGCCGGCGCUGCCGGCGCUGAGCGCCCGCGGCGGGGGAGAGCAGCCGCCCGGCAGCCGCGAUGAGCGGCGGGGAGGUGGUGUGUUCGGGCUGGCUCCGAAAGUCACCGCCGGAGAAGAAGUUAAGGAGAUACGCAUGGAAGAAACGCUGGUUCGUCCUGCGCAGUGGUCGGAUGAGUGGGGACCCCGACGUCCUGGAGUACUACAAAAAUGACCAUUCCAAGAAGCCUUUGCGUGUGAUCAACCUCAAUUUCUGUGAGCAAGUGGAUGCGGGCCUGACCUUCAACAAGAAGGAGCUGCAAGACAGCUACAUAUUUGACAUCAAGACCAGCGACAGGACCUUCUACCUGGUGGCCGAGACCGAGGACGACAUGAACAAGUGGGUUCGCAGCAUCUGCCAGAUCUGUGGCUUCAACCAGUCUGAGGAGAACACAGGUACCGUGUGA